CUUGUUUAGCUGCUGUAAUUGUGCAGAGUCCGAAGCUUUGACUCAUACCAGACUUCACUCAUGCAAGGAGCUACGGAGUGACUGGCAUGUGCGAGCACCAGUAACUUUGCAGCAUUAAGCGCAGUGUUCCGGUGGGAAACAGGAAAUGAGAAAUGGAAAUACACAAGGGGUUCUACCACGGAAGAAGAGCGAGUGGAUUUAAACCCACAAUGGGAAUAAAACUCCGAAAUCCGUCUCAGAUAGCGGCAGUUUGGCUCGGAUUGCAGCUCCUAACCUGGGCUGCUGUUCCAGGGUCAGCGGUAGACGUUUACACUCCAGCAGAGCUCUUUGUUGAAAACGGGACGGAUGGAACUCUCCGAUGUACCUUCACAUCCAAAGAGCUGGUCAGCAGCGGAACCUCCUUCUCCUGGAACUUCCAUCCCGAGGGGGGAGGAGACGCGGUCUCUUUGUUCCACUACACGGGAGGGAAGCCCUAUUUCGGGAAAACCCCCCAGUUCAAAGACAGGGUGCGAUGGGUUGGAGACCUGAACAAGAGAGACGCGUCCAUCUCCAUAACCAAAAUGAUAUUCAAGGACAACGGCACCUACUCCUGUGAUGUGAAAAACCCACCUGAUAUUGAUGUGAAGCCAAGUAGUAUACAGCUUCGAGUUGUGGAGAAAGUUUCCGUUGAAGGGUCUCUUCCCCUGUCCAACGCUGGCGUGAUUGCCGGAGCAGUGAUCGGAGCCAUCCUGGGGUUGCUCCUCAUCAUCGUCAUUGUGUUUUACCUGCUUUUCAGAAGGAAGCAGGCCAGUAAGGACUACAUUGGCUGCAGCUCCUCUGAAAGCGUGGUUCCUCAAGAGACGCGGGCGCUGAAGAAAGAGGUCUCAGAUAAAGAGGACUCGAAAUGCAGCAGCCCCUCCGGUCCUGCACAGGGCCCAGUAAUUUAUGCUCAGCUGGAUCAUUCAGGGAAGAAGAUGUCAAACACAGUCUACAAAACUGAGUCAGUGGUCUAUGCUAACAUCAGGAAGGAAUAAAAACAAAAAACUGGAAUAUUUUGGUUCGAUGCGAACAAACCCUGGACCAAUGCAUGUGUGAAUAUAUGUAAACAUAUUCUAUUUAGUCAUUGCAGAAAGCAUUGCAUGUUGGUAAGUGUCCGGUAUGCACAAGUCACUGUUGGAACUUGCAAAGCAUACUGCUUGCUCCCCACAUUGAAUUCAUCUACAAUCUGAAUGUCCUGUACUGACCUGCUUUUAAAACAUUCCUACAAUCAAACUCAUCCUGCAUCUUCGUUGAGGGGGUCCUGCACCUUACAAAUGAAACUGCUUGAAGUAGGCAUGCAAAAAUCUGAUACAGUCCAUCCUGCAAAAGACAGUAGUCCUGUGAUGCAGUAUCUACAACUGUAGUCCCAGCAAUCCAUGCUUUACUAUACUGAUUAGGGUAGAUUCCUUGUCCAUAGAGAUUGUAGGGCAAGGUGCUGGUGACCUACUGUGUCUUCUGGGUUUCAUUCCAACUGAGCUCUGUUACUUAACUAGACCCUUAAUUGAACUAAUAAUUUGCUUAAUUAGACCUUUUU